UCCUGGCAGCAGGAAGUGAAUUGCACUGGCUGCGGUAACCCUGUGUGGCUGUGUGAAGUCCUGGCUCCCGGCAUCGCCCCUCGGGAGACCCCAGACUGGCCCCUGCUGCUGCUGGGGGGGACCCGAAUCCUGGCUGCAGCAGAGGUGGUGGAAUAACGACCCCGUGGCCAUCACAAUUGUCCCGUCCUCCCAGGUGACAAGAAAGGACCAUGACUACAGCAGAGCAAACCCAGGGGCCGGUGACCUUCGAGGAGGUGGCUGUGUAUUUCACCCAGGGGCAGGGGGCUCUGCUGGACCCCGCUCAGAGAGCCCUCUACAGGGACGUCAUGCAGGAGAAUUACGAGGCUUUGAUCUCUCUGGCAGGAUUUCCCCUUCCCAAACCUGAGCUGAUCGCCCGGCUGGAACGAGGGGAAGAGCCGUGGGUGCCCGAUCUCAACAGCUCUGCGGAAAGGGAGAUCCACAGAGGUGCCCGUGCAGCAGGUGAUGAGACGGUGAGUCAGAAUGAGGAGAAUCCACAGCUGGAAGGUCCUGAGCAGGUGGAACUGCAUGAGAUGUUCUCAGAGAGAUCCAAAGGGAACAUUUCCCAGAAGAGUGAGCAGGAAAAAACCUGGGAGAGUCAGUGCAUGUCAGAAAGGCAGCUGGGAAUCCAGCCAGGGAGGAAAGCAGACAGAUCCAUUUUUUGUGGGGGAGGAUUCAAGGAUCUUAAGGAAACCGCAGCCCAGCAGAGAAUCCACCUGGGACAGAGAAAAAACAGUUGCACUGCCUGUGGGAAAAGUUUCAGCCGGCGCUCCAACUUUAUUUCUCAUCAGCGAAUUCACACAGGAGAGAGACCCUAUACGUGCUUGGAGUGUGGGAAAAGUUUCAUUCAAAGCACACAGCUGAUCAGGCAUCAGAGAGUGCACACAGGAGAGAAGCCCUAUAAAUGCCUCCAAUGUGGGAAAAGUUUCAAUCAGAAUUCACACCUCAUUAGACACGAGAGACUGCACAUGGGAGAGAAAUUGUAUAAAUGCACCGAGUGUGGGAAAAGCUUCCAUCGGAGUUCAGGUCUUACCUCACAUCAGAGAAUCCACACCGGACAGACGCCCUUCAAAUGCCUGGAGUGUGGGAAAAGUUUCGAUUGGCGCUCACGGCUUAUUGCGCAUCAGAGAAUUCACACAGGAGAGAGACCUUAUAAGUGCCCGGAGUGUGGGAAAUGUUUCAUUCACAGCUCAGAUCUUCUUUCCCAUCAGAGAAUCCACACAGGAGAUAGACCCUAUAAAUGCCCCCAGUGUGGGAAAAGCUUCAAUCACAGCUCAGAUCUUCUUUCCCACCAGAGAAACCACACAGGAGAAAAACCCUACAAAUGCCAGGACUGCGGGAAAAGUUUUAAUCGGAGCGCUCACCUGUUUAGACACCAGAGACUGCACACGGGGGAGGAAUCUUAUAAAUGCCCCAGCUGUGGGGAAAGCUUCAGUCAGCUCUCAGAUCUUAUUUCACAUCAGAGAAGCCACACGAGUGAGAAAUCCUAUGAAUGCCUCGACUGUGGGGAAAGGUUACGUGACAGGUCGGCCCUUAAUAGACAUCACCGAACCCACACAGGGGAGAAACCCCAUAAAUGCCUCGACUGUGGGGAAAGUUUUGAUUGGAGCUCGAACCUCAUUGUGCAUCGGAGAAUUCACACAGGAGAGAAACCCUAUAAAUGCCCAGAGUGCGGGAAAAGCUUCAACAGGAACUCGCACCUCAUCCGACAUCAGAGACUCCAUGCGGGAGAGAAACCUGCCCUCUACAGGGACGUCAUGCAGGAGAACUACCAGACGGUGACCUCGCUGGCAGGAUUCCCCCUUCCCAAACCUGAGCUGAUCACCCGGCUGGAGCGAGGGGAAGAGCCGUGGGUCCCGGAUCUCCAGGCCUGCGAGGAAAGGGAGAGCCCGAGAGGCGCCCGCACAGCAGGUGAUGGGAUGGUGAGUGAAAACACGGAGGAGAAGCCGCAGCAGGAAGGUCCUGAGCAAGUGGAACCACAUGGGAUGUUAUUGGAAAGAUCUGAAGAGGAUUUUACCCAUGAGCGGCGAAAAGCCUGGGGAAAUGGGCACAAGCCAGAGAGGCAGCUGGGAACCCAUCCAGGGCAGAAAGUGGGUAAAUCCACUGAUCAUGGGGGAGUUUGCAAGGACCCCAAGGAAACCACAGCCCAGCAGAGAAUCCCAUCAGGAGUGAGAGACAACACAUGCUCCGAGUGUGGGAAAAGCUUCAACCGGAGCUCAAACCUUAUUUCACAUCAGAGACUCCACACCGGAGACAGGCCUUUUAAAUGUCUUGAGUGUGGGAGACGCUUUAAUCAGCGAGAGCACCUCGUUAGGCAUCAGAGGCUCCACACGGGAGAAAAGCCCUAUAAAUGCCUGGAGUGCGGGAAAAGCUUCAUUCAGAGCUCACAUCUGAUUAGACACCAAAGAGUCCACACGGGAGAGAGACCUUAUAUGUGCCCGGAGUGUGGGAAAAUGUUUCGCGACGGCUCAGCCUUUAUUAACCAUCAGCGAAUCCACACAGGAAUCAAACCCCAUAAAUGCCUCGACUGCGGGAAAAGCUUCAUUCAGAGCUCCCAGCUUAUUACACAUCAAAGAGUCCACACGGGCGAGCGACCCUACAAGUGCCCGGAGUGUGGGAAAAUGUUCGGUGACGGCUCAGUUCUUAUUAACCAUCGGAGAAUCCACACGGGAGUUAAACCCCAUAAAUGCCUCGACUGUGGGAAAAGCUUCAAUCGGAGCUCAACCCUGGUUAGACAUCAGAGAACCCACACAGGAGAGAAACCCUUUAUAUGCCUGGAGUGCGGGAAAAAGUUUAGUGAAAGUUCAGCUCUUAUUGUGCAUCAGAGACUCCACACUGGAGACAGGCCUUUUAAAUGUCUUGAGUGUGGGAGACGCUUUAAUCAGCGAGAGCACCUCGUUAGGCAUCAGAGGCUCCACACGGGAGAAAAGCCCUAUAAAUGCCUGGAGUGCGGGAAAAGCUUCAUUCAGAGCUCACAUCUGAUUAGACACCAAAGAGUCCACACAGGAGAGAGACCUUAUAUGUGCCCGGAGUGUGGGAAAAUGUUUCGCGACGGCUCAGCCUUUAUUAACCAUCAGCGAAUCCACACAGGAAUCAAACCCCAUAAAUGCCUCGACUGCGGGAAAAGCUUCAUUCAGAGCUCCCAGCUUAUUACACAUCAAAGAGUCCACACGGGCGAGCGACCCUACAAGUGCCCAGAGUGUGGGAAAAUGUUUAGUUUCCUGUCCAUCUGA